AUGGUAGAAGGACUCAUCUCAGCUGCUGUUGCGCUUCUGUCUCUUGCAGCCUGGAUCGCACCCGACACUUCUGAUGAAGUUGCGGGGGCCCCCGUGGUAUCUGCCCUCUUGGUGGCUCUGCUGUCGUUGAGAAGCGGUGGCGUUGAGGAGACUGCCUCUUCUCUCGCCGUCGUCACGGCCGAGGAGGAAUAUCUGCUUCGCCAUCGCAGCUGUUGUGAGCUGGAGGAGAAAGUGCUGCGGCUCUGA